ACACAGACUGAAACUGUUCCUAUACUGGGGCCUUGUUGCGUAUUUAUCUCUGGAGGAUAGUCAGAUCAGCAGGGUCUCUGGAUUGACUCAUUGACCUGAAACUCAAACAAGAUCUCUGUUAACUAUGGUUGUCCCUGGAUCUCAUCAUAGAGAGGACAAAAUGUAUCAUCCUCCUAAAGACCUGAAAAAGGAUGCACAUGUGCCUGAUUUCUACUCCUAUCUUUCACUAUACAAAAAGUCUGUUGAUGAGCCAGAGGUGUUCUGGAGGGAAGUUGCUGCAGAGUUCUAUUGGAAGAAACCUGCAACAGGACCAAUUCUUCAAUAUAAUUUUGAUGUUACUAAAGGAAAUAUUUAUGUCAAAUGUAUGGAGGGGGCCAAAACCAACAUGUGCUACAAUGUCCUGGACAGAAAUGUGAAAGACAGAAAUCUUGGAGAAAAAGUUGCAUAUUACUGGGAAGGGAACUCUCCUGAUCACAGCAUGGCUAUUACGUACAGUCAGCUGUUAAGUCAGGUGUGCAGGUGUGCCAACGUCCUAAAACAGAUGGGAGUCAAGAAAGGAGACAGGGUGGCUGUCUACAUGCCUAUGAUACCAGAGCUGGUCUACACAAUGCUGGCCUGUGCCAGGAUAGGAGCAGUGCACUCCAUUGUAUUUGCAGGCUACUCCUCUGAGUCCUUGUGUGAGAGGAUUCUGGAUGCCCAGUGUUGUAUCGUGGUGACGGCAGAUGGAGUGUACAGAGGACAGAAGCUCAUAAACUUGAAACAGAUAGUGGAAGAGGCACUGGAGAAGUGCCGGGACAAAGUGUCCCCUACUGUUACCAGAUGCCUGGUUGUGAAAAACCACUCGCUAAGGACAAAGAGCGGAGAAGCCUCAAACAAGCUGCAGAUCCCCUGGGAUGCGGAGCGUGAUGUGUGGUGGGAUGAGGUCAUGGCAGAUGUUUCGGACCACUGUGAGCCUGAGUGGCUGGAUGCAGAGGACCCCCUAUUCAUCCUCUACACCAGCGGUUCCACCGGCAAGCCGAAGGGUGUUCUCCACACAGUGGCAGGGUACAUGCUCUACACCUCACUGACCUUCAAGUACGUUUUCGAUCAUCACCAUGACGACGUGUAUUGGUGUACGGCAGAUAUUGGCUGGAUCACAGGACACUCUUACAUCACCUACGGCCCUCUCGCCAACGGGGCGACUGGUGUUCUCUUCGAGGGCUUGCCAGUCUACCCUCAUGUGGGCAGGUUCUGGGAGAUCAUUGACAAGUACAAAGUGACCACGUUUUACACGGCACCCACAGCCAUACGCCUGUUGAUGAAGUAUGGAAAAGAACCACUGCAGAAGUACAAUCUGUCGAGCCUGAGGAUUCUGGGUACAGUCGGUGAACCCAUCAACCCAGAAGCAUGGCUCUGGUACUAUGAGGUGGUGGGACAGAGCAGGUGCCCCGUGGUCGACACCUUUUGGCAGACAGAGACAGGUGGCCAUGUUCUGACUCCUCUCCCCGCUGCCACGCCUCUCAAACCUGGCUCUGCUACAUUCCCCUUCUUUGGGGUGGAGCCCACCAUUCUGAAUGAGCAUGGGGAGGAGCUGGAGGGGGAGGCUGAGGGCUACCUGGUGUUCAGGCGACCCUGGCCUGGUAUUAUGCGUACUGUGUAUGGAAACCAAGAGCGGUUUGAGAACCAAUACUUCAAGAAAUUUCCAGGGUUUUAUGUAACUGGCGAUGGUUGCAGACGGGAUAAGGAUGGCUACUACUGGAUCACAGGCAGAAUAGAUGACAUGCUAAAUGUGUCAGGCCACCUGAUGAGCACAGCGGAGGUGGAGGCAGCCCUGACCAAGCACGCGGCCGUGGCGGAGGCUGCCGUGGUCAGCCGGCCUCACGUGGUAAAGGGGGAGUGUCUCUACUGCUUCGUCACCCUCAAAGACAGCAGGGAGUUCAACCACAAACUGGUGGAGGAGCUGAAGGGACUAGUGAGAGAGAGAAUUGGGCCCAUCGCCACACCAGACUUCAUUCAGAAUGCUCCAGGGCUACCAAAGACUCGCUCUGGUAAGAUUAUGAGGCGAGUCCUGAGGCAGAUCGCCCGGAACGAGAAGGAUCUUGGCGACCUUUCAACCCUGGCGGAUCCUAAGGUGGUGGAGGUCCUCUUCAGUCAGCGCUGCGAGGCAGCAGCGUGAGGCAUCAACACAGACCUUCUUUCUGCUCUGGUGCUGAUGGAUAGUUUUCCCUUUGUGCUGGUACCAGAUCAGCCUCAGGGUUGUUGUAUGCAGACAAUAUGCAGACAACGUUGUUGAGGGAUGGGGUCUGGGCUGGAAAUCAGGGGUAGGUUCAUCUAUGUAGGAAAGCCAGUGGAAUACAAUACAGUACAAUGGAGUAGCUGUUGAGAAUUAAAUCCCAGCUCAAGUUGUGCAUUCUGUUUCCUGUUUUAACUGUCACAACCCUUAGUAAAUGGGAUCUGUUGAUAUGAAGAUGUCAAUGGCAGAUCAUCAUUAACGACACAAUGUGGAUCACAUGGUAGACAAGCUGCUUUGCUGAGUUCCGUAUAUAGUUUGUAUUUUAAAUGUUGAUGUAUAUUUACAGUUGGUUUCUGUGACCUGAAAAUUAAAUUGUAUAACAAAAUGAUCUAUUCUAGGUAAUAAAAUAAUCAUAAACACUUUUGACAUCA